AUGGCGCGGCACCUCUCGGUGAUCGUCAUUUUGGCGAUUACUGCCUUCCUCAGCCUUUCUUUCCUCAUGAACUUUGGCAGCAGGACCGACCAAGUCCCGCAACAAUGGACCGCGCCCGUCGACACGAGCAGCCAACAAGGCAAAAGCAGUGCACCGGACCUGAUGGCCGGCUUGGAGAUCACAAGCGAGCUUCUGACGGGCGAUGUGAUUGCACCCAAGUUGGAGAACGCCACCGCAAAAGCCGAGCUCGGCCGCGCCUCCUGGAAGCUCCUACACACAAUGAUGGCGCGCUUUCCGGAGAAGCCGACCGCAGACGAAAGCCAAGCGCUGAAAUCGUACAUCCAGCUAUUUUCGCGCCUCUAUCCCUGCGGCGACUGCGCGAAGCACUUCCAGUCGAUGCUCAAGCAGUACCCACCGCAGGUGGGGUCGCGCAACUCGGCGGCAGGCUGGGCCUGCUUUGUACACAACCAGGUCAACGAGCGGCUGCACAAGGAGCUGUUCGACUGCAACAAGAUUGGGGAUUUCUAUGAUUGUGGCUGUGGGGAGGAGGAUAAGACGAAGGGGGCAAAGAAAGAGUAUAAAGGGCAGGCGGAGACGGAGGAGGAGUCGGGGGAGUUGAAGAAGGACGGGUGA